UUCGUCUCCUUCGGUCGACGGUGAGUGUGUUCAGGAUUUUGAAACGAACCUCUGCUAGUGUGGUUCCUCCUUGUGCUCCUCGCCUUCAGUAACUGCUGGCCGUUCCAGCGGGCUGGUUUGUUGAGGUUAGUUAAAGGUGGAUCCACAAAAUCGAGAAAAAAAACAAACAAAUUGUGUUAAGUGAUUGAAAACCGUUACCGUUGACAUAAAGUAUCCAUACUGAAGGGGCCACGAGGUAGUCCGUGAAGACGCAAAUUAGCUCCGGUGGGCUGACUUCUGAAUUAAUGGGAAAGAUGGCAGUCCUGGGGAUUUUGACUGUGGCCCUCAUGGCUACACUGGUCAGCAGUGCCAGUGUCACCAUGGAAAGCACCUACAGCAGCUAUCGAUUGCCGACGGCCUUCCGUCCGGAGCACUACGGCUUGCAGGUGUUGACCCAUCUCGGUGAUGAUCGAGGUUUCUUGUUCUCCGGGCGAGUUCUAAUUCGGAUGCUUUGCGCUGAAGAUGCCAUGAAUAUCACUCUGCACUCGAAAAAUCUCACUAUUGGCGAAAAGGAGGUCAAGCUGUUGGAGGUCUCCGACAGCGGAUCCAAGACCAUGGACGUGAAGCGAAUUCAGUACAUUACCGACAACGACUACGUAGUGUUCCAUACGAGUGAACCGAUGAAGAAGGGCUACCGGUACGACAUCACUAUUCCAUUCGAAGGUCCACUUGAAACGGGCCUGCUUGGAUACUACCGCAGCAGUUAUCUAGAUAAGAAGUCACAGAAAAAGAUAUGGCUAGCGGUAACGCAAUUUGAACCAACGUACGCCCGUCAAGCGUUCCCUUGCUUCGACGAACCGGAGAUGAAAGCCACGUUCGACAUAUCCCUCGGUCACCACAAACAAUACAUCGCCUUAAGCAACAUGCCCAUGAAUCGCUCGGAACCGAUGACCUCGGUUGCGGAUUGGGUUAUGGAUCACUUCACAACCUCGGUUCCCAUGUCCACCUACCUAGUAGCCUACACGGUUAACGAUUUUGAGUACCGUGAAUCCAUGACCAAGCUGGACGGCGAUGUAGUCUUCAAGAUCUGGGCCCGCCGGGAUGCCAUCGAUCAGGUGGACUAUGCCCGGGACGUCGGACCUCGGGUGACUCGCUACUACGAGGAUUACUUUGCCGAAAAGUUCCCACUGCCGAAGAUCGAUAUGAUCGCCAUUCCAGAUUUUUCGGCCGGAGCCAUGGAAAACUGGGGAUUGAUCACCUAUCGUGAGACUGCUCUGCUUUACCAUCCAAACAUUUCGACCGCCAGCAACAAGCAUCGAGUGGCGUCGGUUAUCGCUCACGAACUCGCCCAUCAGUGGUUUGGCAACCUGGUUACUAUGAAGUGGUGGACCGAUCUAUGGCUUAACGAAGGUUUUGCUACGUACGUAGCUAGCUUGGGCGUCGAAUAUCUGCAUCCGGAAUGGCAUUCGCUGGAAGAGGAAUCCAUUGGUAACACGCUGGGAAUCUUCAAGUUUGAUGCACUUACCAGUAGCCAUCCGGUUUCCGUAGAAAUCGGUCAUCCCAAUCAAAUUUCGCAGAUCUUUGAUGCCAUCUCCUACGAAAAGGGUUCGACCGUUAUCCGCAUGAUGCACCUCUUCCUCGGCGAAGAGAAUUUCCGCAACGGUGUUCGUCGGUAUCUGAAGAAACACAAGUACUCAAACGCCCAACAGGAUGACCUCUGGGCUGCCCUGACCGAAGAGGCUAAAAUCAACAAAGUUCUCCCCGAAAAUGUCGAUGUCAAGACCGUAAUGGAGUCGUGGACCCUUCAAACUGGCUAUCCGGUGAUCACAGUGACUCGUAACUACGAAUCCGCAACAGCGGAAAUCACCCAAGUUCGGUUCCUGUCCGAUCGCGAACAACACGCCAACGCCACAGAUUAUUGCUGGUGGAUUCCACUAACCUACGUCACUUCGGAGAAUCCGAACUUCGAAGAUACCCGUGCCAAGGAUUGGAUGACGUGUGGAGCCGGUAAACUGCGCAAAGGACCUUCUAAGCUACUCCAGAAGAUGCCUUCCGCAGAUGAGUGGGUACUGUUCAACGUUCAAAUCGCCGGAUUGUACAAGAUCAAAUACGAUCAAAUGAACUACAAGCUAAUAAUCAAGCAGCUGAACAGCGAACAUUACUCUACAAUCAGCUUGGCAAACCGUGCCCAGCUGAUCGACGAUGCUAUGGACCUGGCUUGGACCGGAGAGCAGCAGUAUGGAAUCGCCUUCGCUAUGAUCAAUUAUCUUCGCCAAGAGGCGGAAUACAUCCCAUGGAAAUCGGCUCUCUCAAACCUCAACUCAAUCAACCGUCUUCUUAAACGGACACCAAUCUAUGGUGUGUUCCGAAGCUACAUCCAGUUCAUCAUCGAACCCAUCUACGAAAAGUUAAUGAUCUUCAAUGACGACCGAACUGUCAGCCAACGGCUGGAUGCGACUAAGCAACUGGUUCUGAUCGCUGCUUGGGCUUGCAAGUUCGACGUCGGAGAUUGUGUUCAGCGAUCGGAAGCUUUGUUCGCCCGGUGGAUGGCCGUUGAAGAUCCGGAACUAACCAACCCGGUUCCAAGGGAUUUACGCUCGGUGGUGUACUGCAACGCAAUGCGCAACGGAAAGGAACCGGAGUGGAACUUUUUGUGGAAUCGCUACCUGAUGAGCAACGUCGGUUCGGAGAAGGUUAUGAUCAUUGGAGCCCUGUCCUGCACCCGGGAAGUUUGGCUGGUCGAACGAUUCCUGUUGUGGUCGUUGAACAGCACUUCCGGCGUUCGGAAGCAGGAUACAACCAUUCUGUUUGGUGGCGUAGCCAAGAGCGAUGUCGGUUUCCAUCUGGCCAAGAACUUCUUCCUGGACAAUGUGGCGGAGAUCUACGAGUACUUAUCACCUGACACAUCCCGCGUGUCACGUUACCUGAAACCGCUGGCCGAGCAGAUGUCCUCGCUGAAGGAACUGCAGGAGGUCAAAGACCUGAUCGAAUCCAAGCGGUCUGUCUUCGAGAAAGCAACCCAAGGUGUCAAACAGGCCCUGGAAACGAUCGAAAUCAAUAUGCAGUGGAAAUCGACCGGUUACCAGCAGAUGACACGGUUCCUACCGCUGUUGAACUACCGAUCCGGAAAUCUGGAUGUGAUAGAGCUUCUAGAUCAGCAAUAAGGGACCUUAUACUAUGUGUAUUUUAAUCUCGCUUGACAAAGCUCUCGUUGUUGUUUUUAAACUCGCGUAAAAGCGAUCCCGCACGCAUUUCGUUGUACUUAGUCAUUUGAAAUUUGAACAAUAAAAUUUUACGAAAACUGA